CACGAGGCAAUCCAUUUCUUUACUCAGUGUGCUAUUAAGACAUCAGGAGCAACAAUGUUCAGGUGCUCUGUUCUGCUCUGCUUGUUAGUGAUGCUGUACAGCACCACAUCAAGCCCAUAUAAAUCUUGGGAAAAGGAAAAAUAUACAGCAGUUCAAGAUACAAGGGCUCAUGAUAUUAAUGAGAAGAUCAUGCUGGGACUCAAGGAAGUUGAACCUGUUAAGGAGCAGGAUCUGACAGAGGUCGACGUUGAUCCCCACAUGGCCAUAUGGAAAGCUAUGAAGCAGUUUCGCCAGCAAAAAGACAAAAAGCCUAAAGAAGACAAAGACAGCCUUCCAUCUGACUUUCAGCACUCAGCUGGAAAUGAGCAGGCUGAAGCCUACCUUGAACCUCAGUACUAUAGGCACGGCCGGCUCUAUCAAGAAGCUGAGAAGGACAUGGAUGACGUCUACCAUAACAUACAAGGACUACAGAACCAUGAUGACAUCAAAGAGGGAGUGGUCCAGCCUGAGAUACCAGUGCCUGACAAGGCUGAAGUGAUGGAACUACGUGAAACAAAUGUGUAUUUGACCCCAGAAGAAGACCUAGAUGGCCUGUAUCAUGAAGAUUUUACAGGCCAAGUGUUCCAGGUUCCAGUCAUCUUUCCAAAAGAUCCCCCAAAGAAAGUUUAUUCAGAACCUGAAGAGGACCAAGAUCACCUCUUUCAUAGUUGAUCAGAAAUAGUGAACUUUAACCGAUGAAAUCAUG